GUUGGGUUGCAUUCACAUUUUCAGGUCUUUCCAGCCCUUGGCCAGCCUGGCAGCCUGACUAACCAGCUCCUCCAGGCCCAACGUAUUGGGGGAGGGGUACAGCCAGAGGCCAACAGACCAGCCCCAGGCUGCAGAUGUGGUAGAAUAUGGCUGUCAUGGGGUUGCCCCAGAGGCAGCCUUACCCAUGGCUGCUGUUCCUCUUGAUGGCGCUGAUCUGGCCCCAGCCCUGCAGGAGCCUAGAGCUGAUCCCCUACACACCGCAGAUAACAGCCUGGGACCUGGAAGGGAAGGUGACUGCCACCACGUUCUCCUUGGAGCAGCCGCGCUGUGUGCUGGAUGGUCAUGCCAGUGCUGACGACACUGUCUGGCUGGUGGUUGCCUUUAGCAAUGCCUCCAGGGACUUCCAGAACCCGCAGACACUGGCUGAGAUCCCAGCUUUCCCACAGCUGCUGACCAAUGGCCAUUACAUGACACUGCCCCUGUCCCUGGACCAGCUGCCCUGCCAGGAUCCCAUGGGUGGCAGCGGCAUCCCUGUUUUGCGGGUGGGCAAUGACCCUGACUGCCUGUCUGACCUCCAGCAGCCAUCCUACUGCAACACCCCGCUCCCUGGCCCCGGACCUUAUAGGGUGAAGUUCCUCCUGAUGGACACCAGGGGCUCACCCCAGGCUGAGACCAGGUGGUCCAACCCCAUUGCUCUCCACCAAGGGAAGUCCCCAGGCUCCAUCGACACAUGGCCAGGGCGGCGAAGUGGUGACAUGAUUGUCAUCACCUCCAUCCUCUCUUCUCUUGCCGGCCUCCUGCUCCUGGCCUUCCUGGCAGCCUCUACUGUGCGCUUCUCCAGCCUGUGGUGGCCUGAGGAGGUCCCUGAGCAGCUUCGGAUUGGCUCCUUCAUGGGCAAGCGCUACAUGACCCAUCAUAUCCCACCCAGUGAAGUGGCCACCCUGCCUGUGGGCUGCGAGCCUGGCCUGGAGCCCCUCCCCAGCCUCAGUCCCUAACCCGGCCUAUGUGCCUGGGGCUGGGGCAGUGUGUGGGGGGUGAGGGUAAAGUGCUUCUUCUCAGCCCUUGCACCCCCAUGCCCCUCUCCCAUCACACUUCCCCUUGCUACUAGCAGCCCUGACUGGCUUUCCCAUUCUGACUGGCUUUUCCAUUCUGUGAGCCGCCCCCACCUCCUCCAGGCAACUGAAGUUGCAUGCAGGGGAGUUUGGGUGAAGGCUGUGGUCAGUCUGGGCAUCUCGCCCCCCACCUCCAUCCCUCCCUCUGUUCUGCCUCUCCUCCUGAAAAUGAAGCUGGAGGCAAUGUGGAAAGGCCACCCUGACUGGAAACUUCCAGGCCCCAGGAGGAGGUCUACAGGGGGCCUUGCUCUUUCCUGUGCAGGGAGCUGAACUGGGCCCAUCAUUGAGUCUAUGAGGCCUGAGCCUCCUCUGUCCCUUUGUCCCAUCUGCCAGUGUCUGGGGCUGCAGUGAAGUCUUCAGAGGCCCCUUCAUUGUCCCUGGGCACAGGUCCUUCCUGAGGGUGGCUAGAACGUCAGACAGAGUAUAGAUGCACAUUAUGACCACCCAGCCACUGAUUUGGGCCACUACUUCCACCCCCCUUGCACACACACAGGGAUCACACACUUAUCUACUCACUCUCACUCCACAGACAUUUGUUGAGUGCCCUCUGCUUGCCAUGCACAGUGUUAGACAUGGGGCCUCAGGCAAAUCUUGGGGAGCUCUCAUUGCUCUGGACCUCAGAUGACCACAUGUCCAGAUGUGACUUGUAACUGUUGGGAAGCUGUCACACCCUUAGGUUGUCACAUACCCUUGGGUUCACACUCCCUCAGACAAUCACCCCAAUGGGCCCUCUAGGGUCUACUACCACCCCUCACUGCAGGACAGACUUCG